GAAAAACAAGUCCAAUAUCAUGAAGAGUCUGGAACACUGGCCGAGGUCAUGAUGAAAAUACAACAAAUUAUAAAAUUUGCGCUCAUCAACAGUGAAUAUUACAUGCUCGAAGAAGUUGUAAAAUGCAUAUUCGUUGUGUCUCUCCGUUGCCUAAUACCAACGAAUUUACAGUCAGCAAAAUCAAGAGUACAAAAUAUGAAGGCGUUACGAUUAUCAAAAAACCAUGUUUUUUAUGUUUUAAAGUGCCAUCAUGAUGGUACACCAUCGAGUCGCAAAUAA